AUGACAUCUACUGCAACUGCCAAGGAGGUAAACAUCGGCGACCUGCUCACCUCCAGAUCUUCCACCUACCAGGUUCAGUCUUUCCUGGGCCAGGGCACCUUUGGCAAGGUUGCAAAGUGUGCAAGAAUUGGUGACAAGAAAACAGUCGCCAUCAAAAUGAUAAAAAACCAUGGCUCCAACAUCCAGAUGGCAAAAGAAGAGGUUGCCACUCUAAUAAAACUAAAAUCACUGGAUCCGGAUAAGUGCAACUUGGUUCGCUGGCACCAGGAUUUUGUUUCCAAAGGACAAAUUUGCCUCAUGUUCGAGCACCUGGAUAAAAGUCUUUUUGACUUCAUGAAGGGGAGGAAUUAUCAACCUCUCCCUCUGAUGGAGAUCAGACCAAUUGUACAGCAGCUCGCCAAUGCACUAAACAACUUGAAGACAGUUGGAGUAAUACAUGCUGACCUCAAGCUGGAGAACGUGAUGUUGGUAAACCAUGCCCAGGAGCCUUUCAGAGUGAAACUCAUCGACUUCGGUCUGGCCUGUAAAGUGUCAGCUGCCAGGCCGGGUGCUCACAUUCAGACCCGUCCGUACAGGUCUCCGGAGAUUAUUCUAGGGCUCCCGUUCACAGAGGCCAUAGAUAUGUGGUCUCUGGGCUGCUUGGCUGCUUCCCUUUACACCGGCACUCUAAUGUACCCCGGCUUGAAUGAAUACGAUAUGAUGAGGUACAUCGUAGAGACUCAGGGUCAACCACCGGACAACCUGCUCGACCUCGCACCAAAGACUGCUUGUUUCUUCAAGAGACUCCCUGACUCCACCACCGGUGGCAAGAAAUAUCAACUGCUGGUAACUGUCACUUCACAACUGCUCUGA